AUGUCUCUUAUUAAAUCAGUCAAAGGCAAAGACCAACUUCUACUUGAUGGUUAUCGAUACCGUCGAGAUAGAUUAGUUUGGCACUGUGUUACAAACAGCCGCAAAGGACGUGCUCGUUAUGAUGAUGGAAGUUAUACAGCUUAUCAAGAUCACAUAUGUCGAGCACCAGAUCCAGAUGAAAUUGAAAAAGCAUUAUAUAAUUAUGAAAUUAAAAAGAAUCCGCAACAAUGUCAUGAUCCACUACGAUUUUAA